AUGAAGCUCACCACGAUUCUCGCUGCCUUUCUGCCCGUCAUGGCACUGGCCCAGAGCUCGUCCGACGGCAGCACAACCACCAUCACUUCUACUGCCACGCAGACCAAGACCGUUACUCUGGGGCGCGCUCACACCACCACCAUGACCUACAGCGCCAGCAGCAACAGCACGGCGGCUUUCAUGCCCACUGGCUCGGGCGCCUCAAGCCCCUCUACAGUCAUCUCCGCGACGGCUGGUGCUUCCGCCUCGACUACGACGAAGCCUAACGCUGGUGCUGCUCUGAAGGCCGGUAACAUUGCCUUCGCCGGUGUUGCUGGCAUCAUCGCCGCCGCCCUUUUGUAA